GGUGCUGUGAGCCUGGCACGGGUACUUGGAGCCUGGCAUCGUCGCUGCGAGCCUGGCACGGGGCCUUUGAGGCUGGCAUGGGUGCUGCGAGCCUGGCAUGGCCACUUGGCCCCCCCCGGGGCAGCUCCUCCCUCGCCGGCGGUGACAGCCGCCUCCGAAAACCCCCGUGUCCUCUGCCCGGACCCACCCCCGGUGCCGUGACUCAGCCGGCGAAGGCUUUUCCUUAUAUAACGCGGCGCCGGCGGGCGAGCGCCCGCUCAACCGCCCCUGCCUCAGUUUCCCCUCGCCGGGGCGUCACCGCCACCGCCGUCACCGCCGCAGCCAUGUGGAUGGUGUCACCGCCGGCCGAUGAAGGAUCUCCCCAGCUUGCCUGGCUUUGGGACCACGGCAAAGGUGUUUUCCAGUGCACGAAGAAGCUGUUCCUGAGCGAACGAGCCAGCCGGGGUCGGACGCUGGAGUUCAUCCGGAAAAACGCCGCUAACGGGCUCUCCGUGGCCAACCUGGUGGCGGGGCUCUCCUCCGUCCUCUGCAGCCUCAACAGGCAAUACCACCACUCGUGCUGGCUGCUGCUGGUGGGGUUUCUGCUCGAUUUGGCCGACGGAGCCGUGGCCCGACGGCUCGAUGCCUGCUCGGCGCUGGGUGCCAAACUGGAUGAUUUCGCCGACUUCACCACCUUCGGGCUGGCCACGGCGCUGCUGCUGCAGCCGCAGGGCGCGCUGGAGGGGCUGCUGGCCAUCGCCUACGUGAUGGCCGUGUUCGCUCGCCUCUGCUUCUUCUCCAGUGGGAUCCCUUUCACCUACCGGGGGCUGCCCUGUCCCUACGCCUCCUCGCUGCUGGUGAGCACCUUCCUGCUGACGGCAGGUAACGUCACCCUGCUGCGCGUCGCCGCCAUCGUCAUGAUCCUCUUCAUGGUGGAUCGGGGGCUCUACCCUCACGACAAGGUGCUGGAGUCCCAGCUCUGGAAGAAAGUGUUUUACGCUGGAGGGGUGGUGGCCGUCCUCUUCUUGCCGGCAACGGUGGCUUCCACUUAUUGCCUCGCCUGGUCGACAUCCUACAUCAUCUUCCCCUUCGCUAUCUGGAGCUGCACAGCCUAACCCCCCGCCUCCGCCUAACGCCCAGUAAAGAUUUCUUCUUCCUCUUCCUCCUCCUCCUCCUCACUCUCGGGUGCUGCCUCCUCUGCUGGGAUAUCCCUUCGCUCCUCUUGCCGAAUCCAAGCCGCCGUGGGAGCCUGUUUGGAAAAGAAAAGGAAAAUCACUGAGAGGCAGGAAAGACUCCGCUUCGGGGGAGCCCCAAAAUACCCUCCCUGCGCCUCAUCCCUUGUCCCCCCUUACAAGAACCGCUCCAGAGCCCCCCCAAACCCUUCCCUGCGCGGGGGAACGCGAAAUUUAGGGAUCACUCCCACUGUACAUCGUUAGUUUAUUACGAGGGGGAGGUUUACACCCCCAAAACCGAGGAUUCCCCCUCCCCAGGGGUCGGAAGCCGCCGAUCAAAUCUCCAGAGGAUUUUUGAAACCCGA